CCCUUCUGGGAGUUCGUCCCAUUGUUGGUUCAUACGUGGGCAGUUUCGCGCCUCAAGUCCCAUUGUUCGGUGUUCACAGAAGAUAAAUCCGAUUCUUUUAAUGAAACUAUAAUCGGGGAUCAGUUACAAUAAUUUUGAGAAGUCAGGCAGACGAUAAUAAGGUGAAUAUUUUACUGUUAAUUCUUGUGCUAUGAAUACGCGAUUUUUGUAAUAACAAAAAAGAUGUUGAAGCGAUCCGUUUUCCAGCUGAUCGCGCAGCUGCAUCGCGGCAUCGUAAUUUCAUAAUUGUGAAACGUGCGCGAAUGAAUGUGAAUAUGAUCCAUCAACGUCUCUAGUUUGGACAAAGGACGAUUAGUUCGGACGCAAAGAACUGCAGUAACGAUUGCUGAAUAAAUGAAGUGUUGAAUAAAUUUUUUUCUCACAGAUCUCACAUUAGCCACGUGGGACACGUGGUUCUUCGGUGCAUUGAAAGCUCAUACGAUAAACACAGGGUAACGUGGCGGCCAGGACAUGGACGUCAGAUUAUUAGUUUUGGUGAUCGCGCUCGUCGGCCUCAUGGCUGCAGGUGUUGGAACUCGCGUCCAGGGUGCUGCCGUAAGGAUUGCUCAGCUAGCGUUCGCCGCAGCACUUCUGCCGCUCGUUUAUAGCUACCACAGGAGGAUCUACGUCAUCCUGAAGACUCUGCCUCGAGACGUAAAGUUUUUAUAUCGUUACGUUAACGCGGAUAUCGAAACGAAGGGAUACGUAAGAAACAAUAUCACAGUCAUCCAGAUAUUUUCGCAACGUGCGAGACUCUAUCCCAACAAACCAUGCUUCAUUUUCGAGGGUCGAAUCUGGACGAACGCAGAUGUGGAAAAGCUCAGCAACCAGAUAGCCUCGGUGUUCCAGAAGGCCGGUUACGUGAAAGGAGACGCUGUUGCACUGAUGAUGCACAACAGGCCGGAAUAUAUAGCAACAUGGCUAGGGUUGGGAAAACUCGGUGUGAUAACGGCUCUGAUAAACACCAAUUUACGAAUGCAGCCUUUGGUGCACUGUUUGUCGGCCGCAAAAGUGAAGGGAAUCAUAUACACGCCGGAAUUGACGUCAGCCAUCGAAGAGAUCACAGAUUCCAUCCAAGGAGUCGAAAGAUACGAAUGGGGAGACAAUCAAAGUGAAGUAACCGACGGCGCAAAAAAUAUCCAACAACUUUUGGCUCAAAGCAGCACUUCCCCACCCGUCGUAGAUCAAGCGCCCGGCUACAGGGAUAAUUUGCUCUACAUUUACACGAGCGGUACAACCGGAUUACCCAAAGCUGCUCUCAUGCCGCACUCGAGGUAUCUGCUCAUCACCAUGGCUACAUAUCACAUGCUGGGUCUCAGGGCGAACACUGACAUCAUGUACAAUCCACUGCCGCUAUAUCAUACCGCCGGAGGUCUGGUCGGUACCGGAUGUGCGUUAGUCAAGGGAAUACCUAGCGUUCUCAGAACCAAGUUCUCAGUUUCUGCUUAUUGGACGGAUUGUAUCAAGUAUAAUUGCACGCUCUCUCAAUACAUCGGCGAGAUGUGCCGCUAUUUGUUAUCGGCACCGGCUCGACCCGAAGACAGCGCUCAUUCCGUGAGGUUGAUGGUCGGCAACGGGAUGCGACCCCAACUUUGGCAGGCGUUCGUCGAUCGCUUCAAAAUCGAACAAAUUACCGAGGUUUACGGGUCCAGCGAGGGAAACGCCAACAUAGUCAACGUCGACAAUCAAAUUGGAGCCGUUGGUUUCGUUCCACUGAUACUACCGAAGUCUCUUCAUCCGGUGGCACUCAUCAGAGUCACUCCCGACACAUGCGAGCCCAUCAGAGGGCCAGACGGGUUCUGUAUAAGAGCCGAGACAAACGAGCCAGGCAUGUUCAUAGGGCUUAUAAAACAGGGAAACGCAUCCAGAGAGUUCAAUGGAUACUUGGAUAAGGAAGCGUCGAAGAAGAAAACGAUACAAAACGUGUUCAACAAAGGGGACAAAGCGUUUUUGUCAGGUGAUAUCUUAGUCCAAGACGAAUAUGGAUACUUUUAUUUCAAAGACAGGACCGGCGAUACUUACAGAUGGAAAGGAGAAAAUGUCGCAACGGCCGAAGUCGAAGGAGUUGUUAGUAACGUAGCCGGACAUAGAGACGCUACAGUUUACGGAGUUCCGGUGCCGGGAAUGGAGGGUAAGGCCGGAAUGGCGGCGAUCGUUGAUCCAGACAGCCUGCUGGACUUUAAAGCCUUGGCAGAGGGCCUGGACAAGGCACUUCCUUCGUACGCAAGGCCAAUUUUUCUACGCAUUGUGAAGGAGCUCGAAAUGACGAGCACAUUCAAGUUGAAGAAGAUAAAUUUGCAGAAGGAGGGAUUUGAUCCAAAUAAAAUUCAGGACAAAGUGUACUUCAGAUCCGGAAAUAAGGAGUACGUUGAAGUUACGCCUGAGCUAUACGAAGAGAUUAUUUCCGGUACGGCAAAAUUAUAAGGCAUGAGUAUCGAAAAAGAAAAAAACAUCUAGAUCAAUUUUUCAAAACUGGGAAGCGAAAGGAAUGGCUGCUAAUGAUCUUUAUCUACGAAGGAUCUGGAUAUCAAAAUGACUCAAAACGAAUCCAAAGUUUCGCUAAAGGAAAUAUCGCGGUCAUGAGUGCUGUAAAUAACGAUUCAGAAUCGUAGUGAAAUUUACAUUACAAUUAGAAAUAAACGUUUAUCCGUGUGGCCGUGCUAGUCGAAAUAGGUAAUUAUAAUCCGAUGAAAAGCCAAAUGUAGGCAAUUUGAAAUCUCUUUUUUUAAUCAAGAUAUUUAUCAAUGACCAAUGCUCACACCAUCGCACCAGUGAUGCAUCGGUAAAAACUUCGAGAUAAGUCAGCCGCGUCGAAAAUCUAGUCACACCCGAGGUCCCCCCAGACGAUCCAACCAUCCAAUAUGGUUGUGAUGCACGUGAUCGUCAGUCUCUCCUCGGCCGACGCCGAUAGGAGUAAGAAUUUUUUGUUUGUGCGUGAGGCGGACUUGUUGGUUUUCAUUAGUUCCCAUCACAACGUUAAAAAGAUCUGUUAUUUGAAAAAUACAUACCGUCGGUUAUAAGGGAUAUAUAAUUACAUAAGUAGCAGGAAGAGCUGCGGUUCCGCGGAUUAAAAGAAUAGUUAUUUUGAAAAAUUCGGUUAUAGCUGAUGGAUAAAAAGCACGUACAAGUCAACUUUUGUAAUAAGUAAUAAAGUUCUUCUGAUAUCGCGUAAUCUGCAUACAUAUUCAAAUUUCUGAAGCUUAAUACCUGAAAAAUACGUAAUCUUAUGUGAAUUAAGUCUUUUCUGUGACAGUGUAGAGUGAACUGUACGAGAUUGUGUUGCCAUCUCCUGAUUUUAGCUCAACAAUUAUGGUUUUUUUUUUGUUGUUUCAAAAACUAAAUCCGAGGAAAGAAAAAGUUGACUAUACAAUAAUUCGAUCUCAUGGACAUAUGUAUACAUAGAGCACAAUCAUUUAUUCGCCAUGCUCUUGCAAGUGUCUCGCAGGCACGUAAGUAGAAGAUGUAACUAUGCUCUGGCGUUAUACUAAAAUUAUGGUCGACGGUUCAUAUUUACCACUAGUAACAAUUUAUUACAUUUCCAUAGGCAUUAAAAUAGUACUAUACCAUUGUGUAUGUAGUGAGUGUAUGCUGUAAUCUGCCAGAGGUUUUUCAAGAUUGUAAAUCAUUUACUUGUUGCUAUACUUAUCGAUCUUGUUCGAGUUCUAAACAAUCAUCAUUAUUGUUCUAUGCAGCAGCAAUGAGUAUCUCUCAAAACUGCUUGUCAAAUAAUGUUAAAAUUGUGGUGUAUUCAUUUCUAUUUUCUCCGUUGAUAAAUAUGUAAGGAUUUAGGUUUGACAACGUCCAUUAUCCAAGCAGGUAAAUUAAUAAGCUAGAGCAAUUUUGAUAUGUCCGGAUUUAGAGAAGUAGUUAGUUCAAAUAUCCAAGGGCUAUCGGAUAUUUUGUAAGUCUAGGAAAUUCACUAAAAAUUUUAUGUAACUUGUUACAUGGUCUGUCAUAUUAAAACUGCUCAAAAUUUUUAUCUACUAUUGUAACUAUUGUAAACAACCAACUCUACUCAUCUAAACGCUGUACGCUAAAUGCACUAUCAAAUUUUUGUAGAGUUUUUCAAUAGAGGUGGACAAUCAGUGUUAUCGAGUUAUCAAUCAGCUCUGUAUUGUUUAUGCUGUCUGCGUAUGGGGAUGACAAAAUGAUUGCGAUUUCAUGUUUCAACCACAGUAGAUUUGGCAGUGGAAAUGGAAAAGUUGUAUAGGAGAUUUAAAGGUACAGUUUCAUUAUUUGUGCAGUUUCAAACAACAUGUUGCUCAGGUCACAGUCUGAUCAAUUUUAUUACAUGUUAUAAGGUACUACAAUAACAACAAUUCAUAACGAAGUAGAAUUUCAAUCGAUUAUCUUUGCAGGAUAGGUAUUUAGCAAUUUGACCAUGGACAUAUGAUGAUUGUCAAAUCAGACAAUGAAACUACGGAGGAAUAUGCACCCGCCGUAUUCUUUCGCUAUGAAAAUAAUGCUGAAUUAGAACGUUUCUCAGUCAAUUACAAUUUUUUGUACAGUUAGUCUUCAAUCUUCAGCUGAAGUAUUGCAUAAUAUUAAAAAUACCAUAAUAGUAACUAAAAUCGAAACGUGUAUCGUGCCUUGUAGGCAAUUAGCUGAAGAAGUCGGUUGAUAUUUGAAGACACUCGAUUUGUGUAUCUUAUAAUUUGUAACCCAUUGACGAAGAGAAAAGAGCAUAAUAGUUAUUUGAAUUACCUGAUUAUAAUCGCCGUACCGUAUGCAAGGGAAACUAAAUUUGUAAUUGAGGUACUGAUUUUUUUUGUUGAAUGUAAAUAAAUAAAGUUAGAACACUUA